GAGGAGCACCGAGCACCACUACUGAACCGAACCAACCGAGUGAGCACCAAAGCGAAGUAGGUGAACUCGUCGGUGAACCUGUUAGCGAGUCAGCGGCGGAUCGAUCGCAUGGUGGCGGCGGCGGUGCAGCAGAAGGAAAAAGAAGCAGCAGCAGCCGAUCAGAAAGAGUAGCAAUGAUGGUGCGCGGCUCGGAAGGCAGCGGACACAGGUACGAGCUGACGAGCGACAAAGAGCGCAGCUCGAAGGCCCGUUCGCCGCCGCCGUGGAGCACCGGGGGCGGCGGGGCGGGCGACAAGUUCCUGUCCGAGGCCAAGAAUGACUUCAUGGCCCGUUGGGAGGGCAAGGCUGUGCCGCCGACGUGCAGCCUGGACGACUUCGAACGGAUCCGCACCCUGGGCACAGGGUCGUUCGGACGCGUCAUGUUGGUGCGCCACCGACCGACCAAGCAGUUCUACGCGAUGAAGUUGCUCGAGAAGCAGAAGAUUGUCAAGAUGAAGCAGGUGGAGCACACGCUGAACGAGAAGCGCAUUCUGCAGUGCAUCAGGCACCCCUUCGUCGUGCACCUCGAGUUCAGCUUCAAGGACAACGACAACCUCUACCUCGUGCUACCCUUCAUCUCAGGUGGCGAGAUGUUCACCCACCUCCGACGCCAGGGAAAAUUCAGCGAGGUCCAGACUAGAUUCUACGGCGCGCAGGUGGCCCUGGCGCUCGAGUACCUGCAUUACCUGGGCUUGGUGUACCGCGACUUGAAACCCGAGAACAUCCUGAUCGACUCGACCGGCUACGUGCAGGUGACCGACCUGGGCUUCUGCAAGAAGAUCGAGGGCCGCACGUGGACGCUGUGCGGCACCCCCGAGUACCUGGCGCCCGAGGUGAUUCUGUCCAAGGGCUACGGCAAAUCCGUCGACUGGUGGUCGUUCGGGGUGCUGCUGUACGAAAUGGCCGCCGGCCACCCGCCCUUCUACGCCAAAGACCAGAUGCAAAUCUACGAGAAGAUUGUGUCUGGCAGGUACAGGUGCCCGCCGCACUUCAGCACUGACCUGAAAGAGCUCAUCAGAAACCUGUUACAGAUUGACCUGUCUCGGCGUUUCGGCAACCUGAAGGACGGCGCCGCCGACAUCAAACGGGACCGGUGGUUCCGACCAAUCGACUGGGAACAGAUCCUGCACCGACGGGCCGAGCCGCCGUUCCGGCCCAAGUGCAGCAGUCCGGGCGACGCGUCCAACUUUGACACUUACGAAGAGGUGGCCAUCAAGGCGUCCUCGACCAACAAGUACAUCAAGGAGUUUGAGGAUUUCUAAAAAAAUGCGAGACAAAAAGAAAGUGAUCUGCCUUUGACUGCUGCAUGUUUAAUUACACUGAGCUCUCUACGCUGAUUGAUUGAUUGAUUAAUCGGUUCGUUAAUUUCACCGUUGGGCAUUUUAAUGUUUGUUGUUUUUAUUUUACCCGUGAGGUUGUCGACAUAUCAACGUCCGUAGUUGACUCAAUUGAACUCGGCGCGUCCCUCCCUCUCGACCGACAGACUGACCCCCGCGGCAUCCCGAUCGAUGAAAAUGUGCAGCCGAAUUCGAGAGCAUUGUUUGAGCUUGGAUUUCGCAAAACAGAUAAAAAGCCACUUUGAUUUAACAGGCGUGGCUGCGGAAAUUCAUCCUUGUGCGAGAUUGUUUGAUUUAUCUGAAAUGAGAUUACAGGGUUUAAUUGUAGAUCGUCUCGUUAAGUUUAAAAAAUUAUUUCGGUGCUAUAAAUACGAAUUUGAUGUUGAUAUUAUUGUAUUGAUUUUUUUUACGGCCAAAUUUUAUUUUAAAAUGAGUCUGAGACCUCAAGAUAUUUGAGUUUUACACAAUCAAUUCCAAACCAACUCCAAGAUUUUAACAGAAGCAACGAUAAGAGGUUUGAUUAAUCAAAAAAAUUAAGAAACAUGGUUUCGUUUUCAAACCCACUAUUAAUUUUUUUGUUGGUUUUUUCAAAAAACCAAAAAAACGUCAUUGUUUCUCACGAAUUAUUUGAUUCAAGUUGGCUUUUUUAUCGAUUGAUUGAUUGAAUGAGCUUACACGGGAUCAAACAAAUGAGAUAGAGUUAUAUUUAUACACUGAACACGCAAUUAAAAAAUAAUUAGCCGGCUGGAAAAGAAACGAGUCGCCAGCGCACUCACUUAAGAAUCGAGCGACCAACUUUUAGAGUUACACACGUUUCGCACUCCCACGUUCAUAAUCGCGGACAAUUAGAAAGUUUACUGGCGCGGAGGCGUGAAGAGAAGCAGCUCACUGACUAAAAACUAAAAACCCACCCAGCUAAUGGUAUUCCUACCGAAAUCUCAUUAUGCAAAUCGACACGGGUGUGUCGCAACUCAUUUCCAGCUAAUUGAAAUAAACAUUAUAUAUGGCAAAGCAAGAUGACGUUUUCAUAUCAGCAAGCGAAAUCAAAAAGUCUUUCCUCCGAAACACCUCUCUCUUAAAACACACUCUCGUUCCUAUUUGAGACAAUUGAACUGUAGAAAAAAUGCUGUCCCUUGUCUAAUUGUGAGAUAAGGUCGCGGCCUCGACUCGCGUUGGACCGCGUGGGAUAGAAUUUGACGUUUUCAGAAAAUAUUUUAUAAAAAAAUAUUUUAUGCAGUUCCCUUUAACAAUUCAAAUUUUUUUUUAAAUAAUAGAGCUAUGUUUCUGAUAAAAAAAUUGAUAUGAGUUUGCUCUUAUUUUCUCCUCUGAAACUAAAACAUUAUAAAAAUCUCUAGGAUUCAAAAGAAAAUUGACGAAGUACAAAACACAAAUUCAUUAAAAGUAUUUUAAAUUAACUCGUACGAAAAAUAUCAAUCUCAAGAAUCUUCUAGACAAAAUAUCUCGUUAAUUAUUUUAAUUUUAAAUUGCACACAGUUUUUUUUAUUACUUUUAAUUAUCUUAUUAUAUUUUUCUUCUUUUAAUUGAUAACGUUUUUUGAAUAGAUACAUUGAAUGCAAAGCAACCAACUAGAGACAAUCUCGAAACAGCGCAAAUCUCAUCUUAGAACUUUUCCAAAAGUAAUUAUUGAUCAAAUUACGUAAUAAAUUUCAGAGAGUAGAUUGAAUGUUCUAAUCAAAUAGUUUCUACUUAAGUGUCGUCUCCCUUUUGAACCAACGUCUUGUUCGUUGAGCUGUACAAGUCAUGAUUUCUGUGUGUGAAAGAAAGACAUUAAUCAAAAUACGCAUUGCCAUUAUUAAAGUAGCAAAAACAAGUGAACGAAAAAACAACAAAAUUUAAACACAAAAUCGAAUCGAUGGAUUAUUGUUUGAAAUAAUUGAAUUGAAACCAACUCAUCAAAAUACAAUUUUGCUCAUUUUACCGUGCGUGUUUCUGUGUGAAAUCUACAAAAGACAUAAUAUAUAUUUAUCGCGUUGAAACAUAUAUUGACGUCCAUGUGGUAAUUCAAAAUCAAAAUAAUUAUUAUUAUCAUCUCAUAAUUAUUGUUGUUGCUCGUCAUUGGUAGUAUUAAUUACAUUGCGUGCAACAAAGUGAUUUAUAAUUCCAUAAUUUAAUUAAAUACACAUUAAUUCCAUGUUGAUUGAUGUUUCCAAUAAUUGUAUUUAAGCUUAGCAAUCCAAGAAAACCUUCGCCCGUAUAUAGAGCUCUAUGUGAUAAUGACCAAUUUCAACAAGCAAACAAAAAAUACAAUUUAGAAAUAUAUUCUUGGGUUUUCUCUGAAAAAACCUUCAACUAUUUAAUCUGACGCGUAAAUAAUUUAUUUUUAUUCCGUGAAUAGAAGAUAAUUGUAUUUUUAAUUGUUAUAGUAAAAUUUUGGUGCAAACCGGUGCAAACUGUCGCACAGAUUUGCGUCAUAUUAAUAUUUUAUGCGGAAAAUCAUCCUCACAUUUCCCCUAUACUGUGAUAGCGCUAAAUUAAAUGAUAAUUUUGAAAUAACUUGCUUAACCGAAAAUGGAAUUUCAACCUUCCAUCGAAAAGAAGCGGCCGCUUCUGCCAAAAAAUGAAAAAAAAAAAUAAACUCGAACAUAAUCAAACUCUGUCCCGACUCGCAAUCAGUGUUCGUGUUGACAUUCCCUGAUGUAUACACCUGUCUGUUUACUAUUUGAUGUGCAUCACGUGUGCAAGAAAUCAUGUGUAAUUAAUAAUGGAUUUGUGUCACUCGCCCUACGUGUUAUUUCAAGAAAGGAAUUGAUCAGUAGGAUUAAUUGUUCAAAAAAAAAAAAAUGAAACCA